AUGCCGUUCAACUGGAAGGCUCUUGAUAGCUCAUUGACACCCAUCCACUGUCUCUCUGCAAAGAUUAGAUGUCUCAUAAAAGUCGAAACGUUUUGCUUCAGCGUCGCAGUGAACUGGGCUUUACGCAAGGAAGUUGACAUCAUUUCUAUGAGUUGGACAAUUGACAAAAAUGACCCGAAUACCCAGGCGACUGACGAAUUCAAAAAGGCUAUAAGCCAAAGCUGGAGGUUUUCCCAAGUCAGCGUGCAUGGGGUGUUCAAGAUUGGUUCCGCUACCAAAACUGGCAAUUUAGUCAAAGCUUAUUCCGGAGACACAGGGAACGUUCAGUUCAUUCUCCUGAGUCUCAAUGCCCUCGUGAACCUUGACAAGGAGUCAAAGGCUCUCAGUGGAAUUUCGAUUGCCACUGCCCUCAUAUCAGGCCUCGCUGCCUUGAUCAUCCUCUGUGCUGACCCUGUGGAUCAGGAUAGGGGAAAGAAGCCGGGAUGUGGACAGUGUUUGCAACAGGCCAAAACCAUGAAGGCAGCCUUUCAGCGCAUGGGAGAUAAAGGUAAUGAAGAGAAAUAUCCCGAAGUUCACAAAAUUUUCACUUGA